ACUUCACACAUGUGAGUGAGAGCGUUGUGUGGCAUCUCUCUCUCGCACGUGCGAGAAGAUUUGGAUUUGUUUCCUUCAUUAUAAAUCCCGCUCAGGAGACGACGACCUUCAAAGAAUUGCCCUCAGAUCGUCACUCUCCCCAAGAAAAGUCCCUCUCUCUCUCUUCGAAGAGACCGUUUUGGAGUUCGUCGAUUGCUUUGAUUGAAAGAAGAAGAUUCACAAAGCGACGAUAUCAAAAUGCCAGAAGCAAGAGAUCGAAUCGUGAGGCCAGUGGAUUACUCGGCUAUAUUUGCCAACAGAAGGAGUAACGGUAUCUUACUUGACGUCCCAGAGUCAGAGCUCAGAUUAAUUCAGUCUCCGGUUCUCAGAAUUCCAUCGGAUUCUCCAGGACCUGGUUCAGUUGGUCGAGGAUCUUUGGUUAGAACUGGCGGCGGUGUUGCGAGAGGCAAUUUCAGUACGUGGAGACCUGGUAAUGGGAGAGCUGGUCACACGCCUUUUAGAUUGGCUGAGGGAAGAGAGAAUAUGCCUUUGGUGGCUACUAGAGGUGGGAGAGGUCGUGCUUCACGGAGUCAGUUGCCUUCAUGGUACCCUAGAACGCCUCUAAGUGAUAUUACUCACAUUAUGAGGGCAAUUGAGAGGAGAAGAGCAGCCGGGACGAGAGCAGACGAGGGCCGAGAUGUUGAGAUCCCAACUCAUCAACAAGUUGGUGUUCUUGAAUCUCCAGUACCACUGUCAAGAGGAGAACACAAAUGCUCAAUGGAGACUCCAGGUCCAUCUCUGGGAAUCAAACGUAGUUGCCCACCUUCAACUGCUAGAGUACAUAAGAUGUUGCUUAACAUCACUAAAGAGAUCGCUGAGGAAGAAGAAGGAUUCAUCACUCCCGAGAAGAAGCUACUCAAUUCUAUUGACAAAGUAGAGAAAAUUGUGAUGAAGGAGAUCCGGAAAUUGCAGUGCACUCCUCAAGCAAAAAGAGAAGAGCGGGAGAAAAGGGUACGGACACUAAUGUCAAUGCGAUGAUCAUCAUCGACACUUAGGAGGAGAGAGACCAGAGAGGUAUCCGCUUAAGAUACCUGACAGUGAGUACAUCAUCUUCUGAUGAUAUCGUAGAUCAUCUUCACAAGUUCGGUGAUUUUCUUAGACUUUGGUAUCAUUCUCUGAUGAUUUGACUAGAAAGCGUUAAUCAUCUUUUGAUGAUUUUAUAGGAGAAUUGUUUCGAGAAAUCAUUGUUCUGAUGAUAGGAUAGAUCAGGAAUCAUCUGCUAAUGAUGAUAUCAUAGGAAUGUUAAUUCUUUUUGACAGUCCCCACAUUUCAUGUUUGUGUCUUCACUUGUUGACGAUUUAGGCUUGUAGAAGAAUUUCAUCCUUUUGUAUUACUUUUGAAUAAUUGAGUUGUAUAUAAGAAGUACCGAUAUUUGGUUUUAAUAAUUGAAAUUGCUGAUAUUCAUUUGGC